AUGAUCCAAUUGAAGACGAUGCUUAAUUGCAUCGACAACUCCGGAGCAGCCAUCGUCGAAUGCGCCAGUGUUCUGAGAAUGAAACGGGCAGCCACAAUCGGCGACCGUAUCAUCGUUGUCGUGCAGAAACAGCGGAAUUUCGGCCCCGAGAUGGGCGGCGUUAGCAGCGGCAUUGCGAACAAGGUCAGACGAGGAGACGUCCGCCAUGCUGUAGUGGUCAGGGCGAGGAACGUUCAGAGGCCUGACGGCAGUUUUGUCAAGUUUGAUGACAACGCGUGCGUACUUAUUAAUAAGUCUGGGGAUCCGAUAGGGACAAGAUUGAACGGUGUCGUUGGAAAGGAACUGCAGAAGAAAGGCUGGUCGAAGAUAUUGUCAUUGGCACCCAUGCAUUUGUAA